ACAUUUACAUCAGUAGCAACGACAGAUAUUUUAACAGUAAAACAUCAGAAGUGUAAUAGCAUUACUAUUCAAAUGUCUGUAAUUGCUACAAAGUCUUAUAAGUCUUGGUCGCCUGAAUCACCUUUUUACGCAUAGACUUACAAGAGUACAAUUCGCCUCUAUCUGCAAAGAAACAAUUGUUCUCCAAGUACAAGAGCGACGUUUUUACAUUAGUGCAUAUGCACAGGCUGCAUUUAGUCAUGCAGAUGUGAAGGAUCGCGAGGAAUGCGUUUUGGCACACGAACUUGAUUUGGAGCUCGUAAAAGGCGCUCUGAGCGCGAGACCAUCUGCACCCAGUUCAUCAUGGAUUUAACGGCAUUUGUAAAGGGAACAGAUAUACUUUGAAUUGAGUCUGCUGGAUUCCUGCAAACUGAAACGUAAUACUUGGCUAAGAAACAUUACAUAUUCCCAAAAAUGUCCGGGCAACAUGACUUCUCGCACUUGGAGUGGCAGGGGAGCGAUGACUCGGACACGGACGUGCUGCUCGCGAUGCUCUCACCGGAGGAGGUGGAGGAGCUCGAGCGAGAGCUCCUGUACAUCGAUCCGGAUCCGAAUGUACCGGUGGGACUCCGUCAGCGGAACCAGACAGAAAAAGUCCCAUCUCGAGGAUACAACAGAGAGGCCAUGCUCGACUACUGCGAGCGGGAGACGAAAAGACUGAUUCAGAGAGAGCUGAGCACAGAGGGUGAGGUUAGAGGGGAGGGCAGGAGGAGAGAUCGACUCCGCAGGAUGAGGAGCAGAGAGUUCUCCAGGUCACGGAGUGGUGACCCUCCCGACACAGAGAGCAGAAACACUGAAAUUGAACAGCCCUCCAAAAAAGAUGAGGAGGGGGCUAGAAAAAGAGAGGUUGACUCUAAAGAUUUACCUGAUGAAGAAGAAAUAGACAAAGACAAGAGAAUGGUCAAAGAGAAGAAAGGAGAAAGGACCAUUAGUAAAACAGAAAGUGUAAAAGAACUGAAAGAGAGGGAACUUUCCAGGAAAGAAAGGGGAGGCAGCAAGACUUUGGAGCUUAUUUCCAAACUUCAAGAGAAAAAAGAGGAUAAGAAAGAAAGAGAGAGAAAGGAAGAGAAAAAAGCGAGUGAAAACUCAAAAAUACGAGGUUUCAUUUCCAAAAUUCAGAGAGAUAAAGAUGCUGAGGACCUCAAAUUAAAAGACAACAAGGCAGAUAUAAAAAAAAUAGAUGAAAUCAGAACUAAAUUCCUGGACAAACAGAAGAACAGCAGAGAUGGAGGCAGGAUAAACUUGAAAGUUGGAGAAUCGGAGGAGAAGAGGAGCAGAAUUAGAAGUGCAGAGGAGAAAAGCAAAAUGACAGAGAGAGAACAAGAGGAUGAGAAACAUCACUCACAGAGGGAAAUACCUGAACCUCAGAAAGAGAGUGAAACCAAGUUAAAGAAAGAAAAAGUGCUAGACCGAACAAAAGAACAAGCAAAACGUUCUGAAAUCAAUGAGCUGCAGAUAUCUACCAAUUCCAACCAUAAUGUCUCUGGGAACUUGGAACUGGACAACCGUUCAGUUACUGAAAAUGAUGAGUCUUGUGGUGAAGAUGAUGACAUGGACAGUGACACUGGUUCUAGCAUGUUUGAUGACCUUCUGGAGCAAGUUCGCAGUGACGACCCUGAACUAACAGCGGUCAAUGUCAAUAAUUCAGAUGCCAUUAAGACAGACACUCUGAUACAGUUUGCAGAGGGUCUCCGUAGCAACACUCAUGUUAAAACUUUCUCCCUCGCUAACACGAGAGCGGAUGAUCAUGUCGCAUUCGCCAUUGCUGGAACUCUACGCAAUAACUCCACCCUGACUGGCAUCAACCUCGACUCCAACCAUUUAACAGGCAAAGGCAUCCUGGCCAUCAUCAACUCUCUGCAGCACAACAGUUCCCUCAUGGAGCUGAGAUUUCACAACCAAAGACACAUCUGUGGAGGCAAGACAGAGAUGGAAAUGACCAAAGUCUUAUGUGCGAACUCGUCUCUGCUGAAGUUGGGAUAUCAUUUUGAGCUGGCCGGGCCCAGGAUGACCAUGACGAACAUCUUGAGUCGAAACAUGGACAGAAAGCGGCUACAACGACUAAAAGCACAAAAACUCACCAGACAGGAGACUGACUCCACCCACAAACCCCCAACUCAAGAUAAGAAGAGCUCACCUGACACAGAUAAACCGAGAACUACUACAACAUCCAUCCACACUGGGAAGAAAGACUCUAAACAUGCAGCAACUUCCAAAUUUACCUCUGCUCAGGAAACUCCCAAAGCCCUGCUUACCAAGCCACCACCUAGACCCCUUUCCAAGGUGACAGAAAAGAAAGAGGGGGCAACAGGAAGUAGGCAACUUCCUCCUCCACCCCCUCCUGGCCCAGCUUUAAAUGUUCAGGCACUGAGGAGGUCACUGACCCCUAUCUCUCAGAGGAAGCAAGACAGCAGUACAGCUGUCCGACAGACAGAGGGGAAUUUCAGAGAUCAGCUACUAGCAUCAAUCAGAAACUGCAACAUGAACACACUCAAAAAGGUUGAGAUCCCUAAGUGGUUGAGAUAGCAUCUGUUUGGUGUAAAUGCAAAUACCUUCAGAUUCCCCACAGUCCUUAGGAACCCCAUCAUCAUGGAAACCACAGAAACAUGAAGAUGAGGUUCCCUAUUACUGGCUCGCUCUCGCUGAAACACAGGCACCUGAGAUUGCUUAGCCUGAUGUCACUGAGAUAUAAACAUUUGAGGUGUUACACAGUGUAUUUUCCAGCUGAGUGUGAUUUUUCCAUGGACAGUUAGCCAUCAGUCAAUACACUGAAGCUGUGAGGGGCAACUUUGAGGUUCUAGGACAUUACAAAAUGUAUAAAUCAGAUAAAUAAAUUAAAUGGGUUUUAGGAAUGUCAUUUGUAGCUCAUUUGUUCUCAGCUCCUUCCACACUUUAAAAUUUCUGUAUAUUUCUGUAAAUCUGUCAUGAAGUGGUACUAAUCAUUAACUCUGCUUAUACUGCAAUAUGAUAAACAAACAUGUUAAUCUCAAAAAUGUAAAGUGGAGAAUUCCUUGUUUAUGUGUUUGUUAAAAGGUAGAACAUACUAAAUGGGAGUCAUAAGCUACCAUAAAACAUAUUUAUGUGAUAUUGUAUUUUAUUUCAUUAGCAGAUUUGUUUGUGAUCUUGGAUUUUGGGGAAUCCGGACUAUUGAGGGAAUUGUUUAUCAUAAAAAGCAGAAGAAAAAAAUGAACAAUGUGAAUAAUUUGAGACUUGUCACAUCAGCAGACAGUGUCAUGUCCAUGCCCAGCAAUUUUCAUUUCCCUUGUAAAUCUGAGGACAAGACAUGUUUCUAAUUGUGAAAUAAACAAACUAUUAAACUAUAUGUCACUUGUGAAGCAUUGCAGUAGUAGCAUUGUUUAAAGUCGACAUGAAAACGGCAUUUGCAACCCAUUUUACUUCUGUAAUGGGGUGUAUUUGCGAGCAAAACAACAUUCAACAAGAAAAAAAUCCAACAGGAAUGUACUUGAAUUUGUAGUCACUCUAACUCAAUUAAGAUCUAUCUAUCUAUCUGUCUGUCUGUCUGUCUGUCUGUCUGUCUGUCUGUCUGUCUGUCUGUCUGUCUGCCUGUCUGUCUGUCACAGUGAUUCUCAACCCUUUUUAUACCAAGGCACCCCAUUGCCCAAGAAAAUAUCUGAAGGCUCUGUAUUUCCUCUGGUAUUUUUUCUGUAAUGAUGACAAAACUGCUUGUUUUCAAACGUUUAACAGAAGACAGUAAAGUCUAUAGAUAAAAUUAUUAUUCAUAAUAAUUACGGUUUUUAGCCAUUUUUGGUUAUUAAGAUUAUUAUAAUAUAGCUUAUAAAUGUAUUCUAAGUCAUUUUAAGGCCCCUUGGAAGUUUGCUAAGGUUCCCUUUUGGGAUUGGCACCCUGGUUGAGAACCACUGAUCAUUCAGCAUGGAAAACUAGGAGGUAAAUUGGGUAUUCCAUAUAUACGUAGUAUAUAGACAGUUUGCAUACUCCACCACACAAUAUACUGCACAUCGGAGAAAUAGUAAGAGUAUGCUAGUAUCCUAUUUCAAGCAUAGCCACAAUCUUGUUUUUGCACCACAAUAUUAUUUAAUUCAACAAAAUAACAGGUGCAAUACAUGUGAAUUAUCUACAGGGGGCACGUACCUUAAAGCAAAACAGAUGCUGAAUUCAAAAUGGCAUACUACCCAUACUCCUACUACUGCCAUAUCUGCCUAUGUUAAAAGUCAAAGUAGUUUAUUGACAAUUCUGUUGUACAUGGAAGGGACAGAAAUUAAAAAUGUAUUAUUUAAUGCCAUAGUGAGAGGACAAAGGCAAUAAAUACAAACAUUUCCACUAAUUAACAUUAAAUGCAAGCAAUAAAUGUAGUUAUAAGGAAUAUGUAUUUUUUUUAUUUAUUAUUGAAUUGAAUUCUUUAAGUAAACAGUGGGGUCAGAACUUCAGAGCAGCAGAAUAAAGCUUGCAUAAUAAGUUUGCAAAUGUGCUUUAAGUGCAUGAAACAAGUGAAUUUAAGUGUUUGAAAAUGUGUUAACUUCGCUGCUGAUCUGAUUCAUUUCCUCCCUCAACAAGUCUGCUGUUUAUGUGUCCUCUAGCCAUAAAUCUCUCUCUCUCUCUCUCUCUCUCUCUCUCUCUCUCUCUCUCUCUCUCUCUCUCUCUCUCUCUCUCUCACUUUUAUAGGGCAUGGCAUCACAAACACAUUCUCAGUCAACUGGAGUGAAGUAUUCAUCAUAGUGUUCUGAUGUAGUUUACUGAAUAUAUUAUUGUGUAAUGCUGUAUAUUUACAUUUUCUUUAAGAGGACAUUUUGUUUUAAGAGAAUUUGAUAUUAAAGAGAAUGAAAACCUACCUAAAGAUGUUGUGUCUUUCAGAAAUCUCAAUCUUAAAGACUCCGGUGUUUAUUACUGUGGACUUGAUCAAUGGUUCACUGACUCACUGAGUAAAGUCGAGCUGUCUGUCCAUCCAGCUCCUGUGAACCCUCCUCUUAACACACUGACUCCUGUGUUCAGUUCUACAAAAUCCACUGAACACACACAAACAGUAUCUACAUGGACAUCAACACACGAAUCUGCAGCUCAUAAUUCUAUCACAAAUGAAAUGUUAUUACCAACAGUCCAGUCAACAGGCUCCACAGCCCUGAUUAAAAGCUCAGUGUAAGUGACUGUGGUUUGUGGUUUUGGUACUGCUGGUGUUCUGGAGUCUAGUGGCUUUAGUGUGUCUAUACAGACGAAGAUCAUUCAGAUCUUUGAAAACUCCCACCCCUGAAAAUCCAGCUCAAGAUCAACCAGUUCUCAACCAGACUGUAGAAUAUGUUUAUCACCUCUGUGAAGAAAUGAUGACAGACUAUAGCUUAGAUGGUCCACCUAAAGAAGACGAUUCCUCUGUA